UGGAACACGGGGGUGAGGUAAACAUGGCCAUCAAGUAUGGCGGUCAAGGUGUGGUAACCAUCAAGUCGUGGUAAACGUGCAGUCGAGGUUUGGUAACCAUGGCAAUCUAAGUGUAGUAGCCAUAGCGAUCAAGAUGUGGUUACCACAUCAUCAGUGAAGUGUUCCUUCCUUCUUCCUCGACGCCGUUGAUUCGUGGGCCGACCGCUCGCCGCAUAUCACAUCAGGACAUCUGCCGCCAACCGUAAGUGAAGCUGGAGCACAGCGAAACAAACCACGACGCUCGACAUCGCACAAGCCAAACUGGCUUUAAGUUGUAAAUGUAGGUCAGUGAUCCUGAUAGGCCAGCAGAGAAUGCCUUGCUGGCCCUGACCUCUUAACCACUGAUGCUGACACACGUCUUCCAGCGACUCGGCUGGAGGAAAAAGAGGCGAAAAGGAGGCGAACACGAGGAUCCCACUUGUCGGGCUGAGUGCUGACAAAGCGGCCCGAGGCAUCUCAGCGGCUGCGGGCCCGAGGCCAGCCCGCCAUCUGCUUUGUGCUCACAUGUUAGUCGCCACCGAAACACAAGCAGCCUCAUUAUCGCAACACAAUGCAACGCAACAAUGCGAUCCGACAGCACAAACGACAUUGCACCACGACACAACAACACGACACAAGACAACGUUAUACAACAACAACGUUACACGAUACAACACAACAUGACGCAGCGCAACACAACAAGACACGAUACAACAACACAACGCGACGCAUUACAAUACAGCACAUAAUAACACUAGACGACACAACAUAACACUACACAACAUGACACAAUGUAACACAACACGAUACAAUAUGACACUACACGGCACAACAUAACAACGCAACAUACCACAGCAUAACAUGACACAAUACAACACAACACAAGAUAACAUGAGACAGCAGAACAUAGCAUAACACAACAUAAAACCACAACACAACAUUAUAUAGAAUUACACAACACAGGACACGACGCAACACGACAUAACACGAUACAACAUAAAAUAAAACAACAUACAAAAAUAGUUUUUUUUUUUAAAUAAAAAAAUUAAAUUACUGUCCAUACUGCGGUAUUCAUGUGUUGGAUGUGUGCAUUUAAGGGGUGCGGCCUAGUCAGUGACAUCAAGAGCUGGAGUCGGAUUGGCCAGUUCGAUCGGUGUGAUCGUCUGGACAUGAGUCGUGGCCUCCAGCGGCUCCUUGCGAGUGUUCUCAUUUUGUGUUUGCGUGUUUGACUGUCAGGCCUAACUGCGGCCCUCCUUGCACGCAUGGGCAUCACAGCACCUCAAAACAAACGACUUUUCUCUUCACUCGAGCAGGGCGGGGUAUCUUAAGCUUGUUUGUUCGUCACAUUUUUACUUGCAACACAGAGUAAAAAACUGACCAAGCGAUAGUUUGUAACGGGAAAGAUGGGAAGUUGAGGCACUCCUAAGUCAAAGUACAAGUUUACUUUUAUCUGUCGAAAUAGUUUUAGAAUAAGAGCUCUUUUGUCGAGCUGAUGCGGUGCAUGAGGGGCGGCGGGUUGUUCUUGACUAAUGAGCAUCAAGGUGAGAGCCGAAAAGGUUCCUGGCCAGCUGACAACAAGCAGUGCGCCCGUCUGCCGUCACAAUUGACUUUGGACCGCCGCCUCCUGAAUCCUACUUUGAUUUUUGUCCUUUGUUUCCCGACCAGCUGCUGCCGCUAAUCCCCGCCAGGACCAUCUUCCGUCCUCUUCAGAUCGUCAGCUGUUUGCCUGAUCCAAAGAAACAGCUGGAGUAACACCUCCCUGCUGCGGGAUAAUCAGGGGAAGUGUUGGCUUAGACGUUUUAAACCUCGCUGGAUUCACUUGCUUCAAUGUAUCCAGGUCUACACAGGGCAAUUUCUUUUGGCGACCAUGAGCACCGACGGCGAGAUGGCGAUCUUCGGGCCGGCCGCCCAGUAUCUCAGAAAGUCCGAACGGGAAAGGACGGAGGCGCAGGCCAGACCCUUUGACAGCAAAACGGCCUGUUUCGUCAGAGAGGAAAAGGAGGUGUAUGUCAAGGCUACUAUCCAGGACAAGGCCGAUGGAAAAAUCAACGCCAAGACGGAAGAUGACACGACGUUGACUGUGAGGGAGGACCAAGUGUUUCCCAUGAAUCCCCCCAAGUUCGACAAGAUCGAGGACAUGGUCAUGAUGACUCACCUCCACGAGCCGGCCGUGCUCUUCAACCUGAAGGAGCGCUAUGCAUCCUGGAUGAUCUACACGUACUCUGGUCUUUUCUGUGUGACCGUCAACCCUUACAAAUGGCUGCCGGUCUAUAAUCCUGAAGUGGUCCAGGCCUACCGAGGCAAGAAGAGGAUGGAGGUUCCUCCUCACAUCUUCGCCCUGUCCGAUAACGCCUACCAGUUCAUGCUGACGGAUCGUGAAAACCAGUCUAUCCUCAUCACUGGAGAAUCCGGUGCAGGAAAGACGGUGAACACAAAGCGGGUCAUUCAGUACUUUGCCACCAUCGCUGUGUCUCCGGAAAAGAGGAAGGACACCAACAGCAAAAUGAAGGGUACACUGGAGGACCAGAUCAUCCAGGCCAACCCUCUGCUGGAAGCUUUUGGGAAUGCCAAAACUGUGAGGAAUGACAACUCUUCUCGCUUUGGUAAAUUCAUCCGAAUACACUUUGGCGCCACUGGCAAACUGGCGUCAGCAGAUAUCGAAACAUAUCUGCUGGAGAAGUCCAGAGUGUCAUUCCAGCUGGCAGCUGAAAGGAGCUAUCACAUCUUCUAUCAGCUGACCUGCAACAAGAAGCCGGAACUCAUCGACCUGCUCCUCAUCACCACCAACCCUUAUGACUUUGCCUUCAUCAGCCAUGGCGAGAUCAGCGUGAAAAGUAUUGAUGACGCUGAGGAGUUGAUGGCCACAGAUGAGGCCUUUGACAUUCUGGGCUUCACCCCAGAUGAAAAAAUGUCUAUCUACAAGCUGACAGGAGCUGUGAUGCAUUAUGGGAACAUGAAGUUCAGGCAGAAACAGCGAGAGGAACAGGGAGAACCAGAUGGCACUGAAGAGGCUGACAAGGCAGCCUAUCUGAUGGGUCUGAACUCUGCUGACCUUCUGAAGAACCUCUGUUACCCACGCGUGAAGGUGGGCAAUGAGUAUGUCACCAAGGGACAAAAUGCACAGCAGGUGUACAACUCCAUAGGCGCAUUGGCCAAAUCUGUCUAUGAGAAGAUGUUCCUGUGGAUGGUGCAGCGCAUCAACCAGCAGCUGGACACUAAGCAGCCCAGGCAACACUUCAUCGGCGUUCUCGAUAUUGCCGGAUUUGAAAUCUUUGAUUUCAACAGCAUGGAGCAGCUGUGUAUCAACUUCACCAACGAGAAGCUUCAGCAGUUCUUCAACCACCACAUGUUUGUGCUGGAGCAAGAAGAGUACAAGAAAGAAGGCAUCGACUGGGAGUUCAUCGACUUUGGAAUGGACCUAGCAGCAUGCAUCGAGCUUAUUGAAAAGCCGAUGGGUAUCUUCUCGAUCCUGGAGGAGGAGUGUAUGUUCCCAAAGUCAAGCGAUGUGUCCUUCAAGAACAAACUUUAUGACCAACAUCUGGGCAAGAACAGCUGCUUCCUAAAGCCUAAAGUGGUCAAGGGUAAGCCAGAAGCUCACUUCUCGCUGAUGCACUACGCCGGCAUGGUGGACUACAACAUCAGCGGAUGGCUGGAGAAGAACAAGGACCCGCUGAACGAGUCUGUGGUGCAGCUGUACCAGAAGUCGUCGGUCAAGAUCCUAGCAAUGUUAUACGUCACCUUCUCUGGAACAGAUGAUGCACCAGCUGGAGGAGUCAAGAAAGUGUCAAAGAAAAAGGGAGCAUCUUUCCAAACUGUGUCAGCUUUGUUUAGGGAGAAUCUCGGGAAGCUCAUGACAAACCUAAGGACAACGCAUCCGCACUUUGUGAGAUGCCUCAUUCCGAAUGAGACAAAAACUCCAGGCACGAUGGAGAACCACCUUGUCCUUCACCAGCUGCGCUGCAAUGGCGUGCUGGAAGGCAUUCGCAUCUGCAGGAAAGGAUUUCCGAGCAGGAUUCUGUAUGGAGACUUCAAGCAGAGAUACAGGAUCCUUAAUGCCAGUGCUGUUCCAGAUGGACAGUUCAUGGAUAACAAGAAGGCAGCAGAGAAACUUCUGGGAUCCAUCGAUGUGGACCACACGCAGUACAAGUUGGGACACACAAAGGUGUUCUUUAAAGCUGGCCUACUCGGUACUUUGGAGGAAAUGAGGGAUGAGCGCUUAGCUCAGGUUGUGAAGUCCACGCAGGCACUGUGUCGUGGGUUUCUGAUUCGGCUGGAGUUUCAGAAGAUGAUGGCCAGGAAGGAGGCCAUCUACACCAUUCAGUAUAACUUCCGCUCCUUCAUGAACGUCAAACACUGGCCAUGGAUGAAGGUGUACUUUAAACUCAAACCACUGCUCAAGAGCGCAGAGGCUGAGAAGGAAAUGGCUCAGAUGAAGGUGGACUUCACGAAGCUCAAAGAAGAUUUAGCCAAGUCAGAAAACAGACGGAGGGAGAUUGAAGAGAAAAUGGUCUCUGUUGUACAAGAACGAAACGAUCUUCUUCUCCAAGUCCAGGCGGAGUCGGACAACCUGCUGGAUGCUGAGGAACGCUGUGAGGGACUCAUCAAGAGCAAGAUCCAACUGGAGGCCAAGCUACAUGAAGUGAUGGAGAGGCUUGAGGAUGAGGAGGAGCUGAACGCCGAGCUGACAGCAAAGAAGCGAAAGCUUGAAGAUGAGUGUUCAGAGCUGAAGAGGGACAUCGAUGACCUAGAACUGACAUUAGCCAAAGUAGAGAAGGAGAAACAUGCAGUGGAAAACAAGGUGAAAAACCUGAUGGACGAGAUCUUGAGUCAGGAUGAGACCAUAACCAAACUGUCCAAGGAGAAGAAAGCCCUGCAAGGCUCCCAUCAGCAGACACUGGAAGACCUGCAGGCAGAGGAGGAGAAGGUCAACAUCCUUGGCAAGGCCAAAACCAAGUUAGAGCAGCAGGUUGACGAGUUGGAGGGUUGGCUGGAGCAGGAGAAAAAGAUCCGGAUCGACCAGGAGAGAGCCAAGAGGAAGUUGGAGGGUGAUCUCAAACUUUCCCUUGAGUCUAUUAUGGAUCUGGAAAAUGAGAAGCAGCAGCUGGAUGAGAAGCUAAAAAAAAAAGACUUUGAGGCUUCACAGCUCCAGACAAAGGUGGAGGAUGAACAAGCUCUAGGUUCACAGCUGCAGAAAAAAAUCAAAGAGCUCCAGGCCCGAUCUGAAGAGCUGGAGGAGGAAAUGGAGGCUGAGCGUGCUGCUCGAGCCAAAGUGGAGAAGCAGAGGUCAGAUAUGUCCCGAGAGCUGGAGGACAUCACUGAAAGGCUGGAGGAGGCUGGAGCGUCCACUGCCACUCAGGUAGAGGCCAACAAGAAGCAGGAGGUUGAGUUCCUCAAGCUGCGCAGGGAGCUGGAGGAGCGCUCGCUGCAGCACGAGGCCACGUCCGCCGCCCUGCGCAAGAAGCACGCAGACAGUGUGGCCGAGCUCGGGGAGCAACUGGACAACAUCCAGAGGGUCCGGCAAAAGCUGGACAAGGAGAAGAGUGAGCUAAGACUGGAGAUGGAUGACCUGUCCAGCAAUCUGGAGAGUGUGGCCAAAGCCAAGAUUAACCUCGAGAAAAUGUGCCGCUCGCUUGAAGACCAACUAAGCGAGGUCAAAGCCAAAGAGGAGGAGCAGGAGAGGCUACUGAACGAUGUGUCCAGCCAAAACACUCGACUACAGACAGAAAACGUUGAAAUGUCUCGCCAGCUGGAGGAGAAAGCAGCACUCCUGUCUCAGUUCACGCGGGGAAAGCAAGGCUUCCUCCAGCAGAUUGAGGAGCUGAAAAGACUAAAUGAGGAGGAGGUUAAGGCCAAGAACGCCCUGGCCCAUGGCUUGCAGUCCACACAACACGAUUGCGAGCUACUUAGGGAGCAGUACGAGGAGGAGCAGGAGGCCAAGGCCGAGCUCCAUCGCUGUCUCUCAAAGGCCAACAGCGACGUGGCCCAGUGGAGAAACAAAUACGAGACAGACGCCAUUCAGCGCAAUGAGGAGCUGGAGGAAGCCAAGAAGAAGUUGGCGCUGCGUCUGCAGGAAGCAGAAGAAGCUGUGGAGGCCGUCAACUCCAAGUGUUCAUCUCUGGAGAAGACAAAACAGCGACUGCAAGGAGAAGUGGAGGACCUAAUGAUGGACAUGGAGAGGUCAAAUGCUGCCGCUGCCACCUUGGACAAGAAGCAGAGGAACUUUGAUAAGGUUCUAGCUGAUUGGAAGCAGAAGUAUGAGGAAGGUCAGACAGAACUGGAGUCAACUCUCAAAGAAGUGCGCUCUUUGGGCACUGAGAACUUUAAGAUGAAGAAUGCCUUUGAAGAAUGUAUGGAACAACUGGAGACGUUCAAGCGAGAAAAUAAGACCCUUCAACAGGAGAUUGUGGAUCUCACAGAGCAGGUAGGAGAUAUGGGAAAAAACAUCCACGAGCUGGACAAGUCCAAGAAACUAGCUGAGCAGGAAAAGUUGGAGGCCCAGACAUCUCUGGAGGAGGCUGAGGCCUCCCUGGAACACGAAGAGUCCAAGAUUUUGCGAGUACAGCUGGAGCUCACCCAGGUGAAGAACGAAGUAGACAAAAAGAUAGCUGAGAAGGACGAAGAGCUUGAUCAGAUGAAGAGAAACAGCCAGCGGAUCAUCGACUCCAUUCAAAGCAACUUGGAUGCCGAGGUGAGGAGCAGAAACGACGCUCUGAGAGUUAAAAAGAAAAUGGAGGGAGAUCUCAAUGAGAUGGAGAUCCAGCUGAGCCACGCCAAUAGGCAGGCAUCCGAGGCUCAGAAACAGCUGAGAAACGUGCAAGUUCAGCUGAAGGAUGUCCAAAUUCAGCUGGACGAUAUCCUGAGGAGCAACGAAGACAUGAAGGAGCAGGUCACCAUGGCCGAACGCAGGAGCAACCUAGUGCAGGCGGAAAUUGAGGAAGUCCGAGCUGCCCUGGAACAAACGGAGAGGAGCCGCAAAUUUGCCGAGCAGGAACUGCUGGACGCCGGCGAGAGAGUUCAGCUGCUCCAUUCGCAGAACACCAGUUUGCUUAACAGCCGCAAAAAGUUGGAGGCAGACCUGUCUCAGAUUCAAGGUGAGAUGGACGAUAGCAUCCAAACAGCCCGGAAUGCCGAGGACAAGGCCAAGAAAGCCAUCACUGACGCCGCCAUGAUGGCAGAAGAGCUGAAAAAGGAGCAGGACACCAGCGCUCAUCUGGAGAGGAUGAAAAAGAACCUGGAGACCACCGUCAAGGACCUGCAGCAGCGUCUGGACGAGGCCGAGGGCCUCGCCAUGAAGGGCGGGAAGAAGCAGCUCCAGAAACUUGAAGCUCGGGUGCGAGAGCUGGAAAACGAGCUGGAGGCGGAGCAAAGACACAGCUCUGACACUCUGAAAGGGGCACGCAAGAUGGAACGCAAGAUUAAGGAACUCACCUAUCAGUCAGAGGAGGAAAAGAAGACAUCCAUGAGGCUGCAGGAGCUGGUGGACAAACUCCAGCUGAAGGUCAAAGUGUACAAGCGGCAGGCUGAAGAAGCGGAGGAGCAAGCCAACGCCCACAUGACCAAACUGAGGAAGGUACAGCACGAGCUUGAGGAGGCCGAGGAGCGAGCAGACAUCGCAGAGUCCCAGGUCAACAAGAUGAAAGUCAAGAGUCGAGAUAUGGCCAAGAGCAAAGACAGCCGGGAGUAGUCGCCUCUGGUGACCAUCUUAAAGACGUGUGCUGUGAACCACUGUCAUAGCCUGCGACAUACUCUUAAAGUAUUUAUAUAAACAAUUAACGCCACUGUGUGUACAAAGUCCAGCUACAUUAAAUCAUUAAAGACUUUGACUCAGUAUAAAACAGAACCAACCAAAGCGGUGAAUUAUUUUUGUUGUUGUCUUCAUUUCAGUCAAGGAUGCGGCCCCCAGAUGGCCUCUAAAAAUUGGCCAACCUGAGAGAGAUUAAGACAGGAUAAACUGUAGGGUUCACCACUUCCAGUAGAAGCAUACGUUACCUGGGGUUCUCAAACUUUUGGGGUCCAGGAAAACCUGACAGAUUUUUUUCCAAGGUCCCCCUAAUAAUUCUAACGCCAAUUAAACAUAGCGAGCAUGUGUAGGGUACCCAUGUCCUAAAUUCCAAAGGCAUUGUUAAUUUUUGGAACGUUCAACCUAAAUAUUCAUGAUGUUUUUUUUUUUAAAUCAAAUUAAACUUUAACCAAAUUAAACUUAAUUAAAUUUAAUAUUC